AUGGCUAAGACGUCUUGCUCCCCAUUGAUGGGCUGGAACAAAUCGCUGGCACUCGGCAUACUCAUCGUCAUAUGGGUUGUCUGGAGCCUGAGCUCCGGCACAACAGCCGACGUGAUCUCUCGGCUCCCUUCUUUCCCUGCUGGCGGUGUCUCGCCAUCACCAACAGAUCCGAGCCUGCGACCUCUGGUCUUGUACACGUAUGCCGAGUCGGACAACGCACGGGAGAACCUCGCCUUUUUCGUCAAGAAUGGACUGCACGGCAAUGCUGAUUUCGUCUUCAUUUUCAACGGCGAGACGAGCGCGGUCGACCUGUUGCCCCAGGCGCCAAACGUCCAGAUAGUCAAGCGAGACAACAAGUGUUUCGAUAUCGGCGCUAUGGGCGAGGUUCUGCGCAAGGACGACCUGUGGAAGGGAUACAAGCGGUUCAUCACCAUGAACGCGAGCAUCCGGGGGCCUUUCUUCCCGGUGCAUGCCCCCAGCUGCUGGACCGAUACUUUCCUCAACCGGAUCACCGACAAAGUCAAGCUCGUGGGCACGUCGCUCAACUGCCACCCGCGGGUGCACCUGCAGUCGAUGCUCCUCGCGACCGACGACGUCGGCAUGUCCGUCCUCCUCGACCCGGCCCUCGCGCUCAGCGCGUCCGUGGACGACUUCUACGGCACCUCGCAGGACCCCGUGGGCUUCUCCCCUUGCUUCAGCACCCUGCACAAGGCGGUCCACGCCGAGAUCGGCAUCACGUCGCUCCUCCGGUCCCAGGGGUACGAGGUCGACGUCGUCAUGACGGCGCCCCACUCGGCCGCGAGCUUCGAGGCCUUCUGCGACGGGGUCGGCAGGCCCGACGACUUCCUGUACAAGGACAGCUACCUCGGCACCAACGUCCACCCGUACGAGACCGUCUUCAUGAAGGCGAACCGCGAGAUCGACCCCGUGCUGCUGGAGAGGCUUACCGAGUGGCACUUGGCUGGGAACAUGACAAGCUGGGAGAGCUGCGGCCGGUGA